CACGUGAACGCGGCAACGGAAGCAGAAACACACAUGUGUUGUAGCGGUUCUUAUUAUACCUCCGAGGUCGUAGCUGGACAAACAUUUAUACAAACGAACUGAAUCCACAUAACAUUGAAGAAGAGGCGCCAGCUACAUCAUGAAUGAUUUUGGAAGCUACCCUCCGCCGAACUUUGUCUCUCCUCCGGGUUCGAUGGUGAGUCCGCCAACGUUCCUUCCACCUCCGAGCAACUUCCAGCCCGGUAUGUGGAACUGGUACGAGCCACCGUCCGAGCCGUGGAGAUACAACGGCCAGGGAGAACACUGGAACUGCGGCCCCGGACCAGGUCGACCCAGAGGCUCAUAUGGCCAGAACUUCCAUCGUGGACGCGGAAGGCAGGACUAUGGUCGUCCCAACAACCUUGGGAAAAAGCAGAAAAAUAAAAAAGAACCCGAGUUUUCACAUUUCUGUGACCCGUGUGACCGAGGCUUCAAAAACCAAGACAAGUAUGACCAACAUGUCUCUGAACAUGUCAAGUGCUCAGUUGAAGACUGCAGCUUCACUGCUCAUGAGAAGCUGGUCAACAUUCACUGGAGAAAUAACCAUGCCCCAGGGGCAAAGAGAAUCAAGCUGGACACUCCAGAGGAGAUUUCUAAAUGGAGAGAGGAGAGGCGCAGGAACUACCCGACCCUGGUGAACGUGGAGAAGAGGAGGAAGGUGAUGGAUGCCAGGGAGGAGACUGGAGCGGUGCUGGAAACCGCUCAGUUUGGGAGGAUGAGGGGUAGAGGUUGUGGACAGCGUGGUGGAAGGUUCCAGAGGGGCAGAUGGGCCAGACCAGGUCCUCGUCAGUCAGAGAGACCGCCACACCCCACUCAACUCUCCAUGGAGAGGCCUCCACCCCUCACUCAGUACCCCAGGGAGGGAGACCCACUGGGGGCUCUCGCCAACAGCGAUCCAGACUCUGAUACAGAGGAGCCAGUCAGUGGAGGUGGGGUGACUGUGGCCCCUAAACAAAUGACAUCAGGGCUGGGAUCUCUGAUGGCCAGCUACGGCUCCAUGACCGAGAGCGACAGUGACCAGGAACCACAAGUCCUGCCCAUCCAGAGGACCAGUCAGCUGCUGAAGGAGAACCAGGCAAUGCUGAAGGCUCUGCCAGCCAAGCUCCAGAACAGUGCUUCAUCUGGGGCUAAGAGACUCUACCCUGAGCCCCCCCGGGAACCACAGCCUGGGUCUGGUCCUCAUAGACCUAGUCGGGGGAGAGGAAGAGGAGCGAGAGGAGGACGAAACAACAUGGACACCCCCCAACAGCGCCGCGCCACUCUGCUUGAGAUGUUACUGGCCCCAGACAUCCGCCAUGAGAGGAACGUGCUCCUGCAGUGUGUUCGCUACAUUGUCCGAAAAAACUUCUUUGCACUGGAGGGUCAAACUCGGGACCAGCAGGGAACUCUGGGUAGAACGGUGACCGCAGAUGACCCUAACCUUGACCUCCAGACACAGGACGUGAGAGCAGAUCAUCUGAGGGCUCUACUCCCAGCUACCUCUGUGGUUGGUCCAGAUGAAAAAGGUGACCAGGUGAGGUCAUCACUAGAAGGUACCCAGAAACCACCAGUCUGUCAGGGACCUUCAGAGGUGGACAUUUUCAAUGGUGAAGAUGUUCAUCCUGAGGAGAUGCCAGGUGCAGCCUCUAACCCUGAUGUCAUAACUCAGCUGAACUCUAACCCUGAGGUCCUGGGAACUGUGGCUGAGCAGUCUGUAGCCCAACAAGUGGGAGAAGACCAGAGCAUGGAGGAGAACACACAGAGUGGACCAGCCGGCUCACAGUCACAUCCCCUCCAGGAAACCCCAAUGGACUUGGCUGUGAAUGCUAAUUAUGGAGAUGGUCACCCUGAAGACCCCUCCCAGACCUCCAUCCCCAACUAUGAUGAUGAAGUCUGGGAGACCCAAGACCCCUGAAGUCGCCCUAACCCUUAAAUCAAGACUGUCGCCCUAACCCUUAAAUCAAGACUGUCGCCCUAACCCUUAAACCAAGACUGUCGCCCUAACCCUUAAACCAAGACUGUCGCCCUAACCCUUAAACCAAGACUGUCGCCCUAACCCUUAAACCAAGACUGUCGCCC